UUGUGGUACAGAAGCAAAAUUACAAAAAUUGUGUCACUGUCCAAAUACUGAAAGUAAGUGACCUAACACUAUCUUCAUGAUCCAACAUAUCUAAGAAGAACUGUAUCUUAUAACUAAAAUGCUGGUUUCCAGCCUUUUCUUGACUCUAAUAAUUCAUUAUCUGACAAGUCAACAUAUAUUUAAACUCUUUUUCAAACUUCUUCAAAUGUAUAAAUGAACUUCAGAUCUUUAGAAAGAGGUGCAUCAAUAAUGAGAGCAGUCGGUUUAAUUUUCUUUUGUCUCACCACUCUUAUAGGCGACAUCACCACUGAUGCCCUGCUUAUCCAGAAAUUCAAGAUACCAAGGAUCCUUUAAUGCAGUAAACGCGUGACAGGCUGGCAAGAACAGCAGGAAACAGUAUAUGGAAAAGACAGACAUGGAGCAGGGAGGAGUCUCAGCAGAACCAGCACCACAGGACAAGAUGUCAGUCUUGAAGAAACAGGCAGAUGAUGUCAUCGACAUAAUGAAGAACAAUUUGGAAAACAAACUUAAAGGACAACUAAUGGCAGAUAACCUAUUGACAAAAUCAGAGGAGGUGGAAAAAGCGGCUCAAAGUCUUGAUAGGACAACUAAGAAAGUGGAAAACUCCUACAGGUGGAAGAACAUCAGCUUGAACAUAUUCAUCAUGGUGAUCAUCAUCAUCAUGCUCAUCAUCGUCCUGCUGGCCACCGGAGUCAUCCCUAUCAGUGCCCCCUUGCCUCCUAUAGUCACUCCCACCACCAAGCCUUAAACACGUACAAACAUACAUAUAAAGUACAAAUAGAUCAAACAGGUCAUAAAUAAAUAUGCUCCUAUUGCACAGCAUGCAAAGCACUACAAGAAUCCCAGUAGUCCUUACAAAGACACUUACUUACUUCUAACAUCAUGAAAAUCAUUGUAGACAGAAAUUACAGAAACUACCAUUAUAUGCAAAAACAAGUCAGCAUAGAUCAUCAACAGAUAUGCAUAAAACCAGCUAUGCACAUAAUCCAUAUCUAAAAACUACAAAAUGUUUAAUCCAAGUAGCAAUCCACAGAACAAACGGGAACAUAUUUAUUCUGUGCUGUCACGGGUUAGGAGGUCUGAACCUAGGAUGCAAGCACUCAGUAACAGGCAAGACAUGUCAGGUCGCAAAGACUCCUUUAUUGAUAAUAAAGCAGAGCCGAUCACAGAAAAAGGCAAUCAGGAGGUAAGGGGGACUGAGUAACAAAACUGCACUGACAAAACUAAGGACUCAGCAAACUAAUAAUAAGCUCAAAAACUAAUCACAGACAGAGAACCAAAACCCCCAAUUACACAAACUAAACGAAAUCCACUAAUCGGCCAGACUCACAGACGCAGGUAGCUAGGCGUGGGGGAGGCAGGCUGGAACAAAGAGGAGCCGGCUCUGGCAGCUCAACAGAAAGGCCCAGCCAGGGAGCAGAUGGUCUGGCAGGCAUGUGUAGCCGAGGCUACGAUCUGGCCAGGAGUGCAGGACUGAGCUGCUCUCGCAGCUGUCUCCCAUAUGCUCUGAUUAACUCUGCAGUCAGGUGUGCAACACUGAGGGGGGAGGGACCAAGGCCGAGGAGGAGAGAGGCAGGUAGAAGUGAGGGAGAGGAGGUGAAGAGAGGAAAAGAGAAAGAGAGAAGCAAGGAGAAAAGGAGGUAGAGGGAGAGGAAAAGAAGGAGAAGAGGGGAGAGAAGAGGAAAGGAAGGAAGGCCAGGCAGGAACCGUGACAGUACCCUGGUUUCUUUUUUUUAAAAACCAUUGAAGAAAAAGCAUGUAGGUUUCUUUGUGAUCUCUGAGUUAAAGUGAGUUAAGUUUUUGACAUUUUGGCACCAUGCUUCAGUAGUGAUGGCAAGAACAGCCGGCAUGUUGGAGUCUUCACUGAAGUGAACUAAAGAUAAAUCGACCUAAUGCACAAAUCAUACAUCAAUAGCAAUAAUUUUACACUUGAUAUGUGAAGAUAAAGAUACAGCUAAAGAGAAAUGCACGACAAACAUAUACGGUAAAAGAAACUUGUGAUAUUCUGGCAAUUGUGAUUCAUAUAGAUACAGUAAUUGACCAUAGUUCCAAUAUUUUCUGGCAAAUACUCCUUUUUUUGAUGAUGGGAAUUAAUUUUAUCUAAUUUUAGAAAUAUAUUGACAGUGUUAAACUUGAAAUUAACAGUUUCAUCUAUUCAUUGAAAGUAAAAUAUUUGUGGAAUUGCAAUAAAUUUGCAGAUGUUAUACUCUUUUUACAUUAAAAAACACAGUUCUUUUAAAAAUGGAAAUUGUAUGGGUAUUCACAGUUACGGGGUGAUAACGGUAUUUUACAUUGGACAGUCAUAGUCUAUUUGUGUAAUUGUGUCAAUAUUUAGAAGAAAUCAGUAAAACUAAAAGAAUCAAUUCUGUAAAAUUACAGUUUUGUUUUGUUUUUUGACAGUGUAGCACAUAGUCAAUUGUUUAGAGACACAAUGUUUUCUGGAGAUUCAUGUCUUGUUAAGAGGAACCAGGCUCCCCAUAUGGCUCCUCUACAGUUUGCGUUCUGCCUUUGGCACUUUGAUUCAAUAAACACACGGCCUGUUUGAGCUACUUAGGGUCAGUUUUCAGACUCAUGUCCUUUCACACACUGCUAGUGUAGGAGGAUCAGGUUCUUCCAGCUGGGAGCGAUCAUUUACAGCCCCUACAAGGUUCCCCCUGCCGGGCCCAUGUCAACCAAUAGGCCCUCACAGUCACAGCCUAUGACUGGAAAAUUAAAUUUAAAAACAUGCACCCACUUUUUAAAAAUAAAGCUCCUACAGAUAAGAUCUUGUGUCUCUCACCCCACACACUGUUUCUGCUGUUACAGCACUGCUUUAGCUUCAAAGAGGCCAAACUUAUUCUCAUUUCGAACUGUACAUAUUCAACAUAUCCUCACCUGUACAUGCAACAGUCUUUAAAAUGUGGCUUAACAAAAGAAU